CCUCACCUGCUAGAGGAAAGCAAAAUGCACUGCCUGGCUGCCAAUCUGCCUGUCUCCUUGCCCCGAGAGCCCUUCUCCGUUUUUCUGCCUCUCCGCGAGGAGGGAACUAAAAGCGGUGCCCAUUAGUGGGUGAUCCUCCCCGCCCGCCUUCUCGUUCAGCCCUCCUGGUACUGCAGAAGAGACGAGAUGAGUCCUUUAGUGAAGCCGAGUGCAGGGUGGGCCCAGCAAACCUCCCAUUACUCGGUUGUGAUCCAUACAGCGGCUUCUGCUACGCACCGCGCCAGGAGGCCUCCUCUUCAAGGCCAGGCUCGCCGUCUUUUGUACUCAAUAAGAGGUCACUGAUUUCUCCAACCUGCCGGUCACGCUGUCAAAAUUUCCAGGAUCCAGAAGGGUAGAGAGGCUGAGAUUUCAUUCAUACCAUUUACAGCCCUGCAGUAAAGUACAGCCUCUGUAGCAGAGACACAAGAAGACAAUCAAAGCGCUGAAGACGAAAUUGACCUGGCAAGGCAGCCGCUGGCACUUGCACCACACCAUGAAACCACAGGAAAGAAGAAAAGCACUCUUUCUGUUGCUGUGACUGCAGAACACACAGGUCCAUUUCACAGGCCAGGUGUCCAGGGGCUGAGAUACCGAGCGGCUGUAUUCAGUGGUGUGUCAAGAAAUCUGCAGUCGCUACCGGAAGCAGUAUGGCUGAGACAUGAAGUCACUGAUGAUGGGGAAGACAGCGUUAGAAGCUGCCCAGAUCAUCAUAGACAUCCUGCAGCUCCCCAUGUGCAAGGAGGAGCUGGUGGAGGAGUGCCAUGGGAAGUUACAGGCACUGUUCCCCACCGCUGAGCUCAUGCCAGGUGUGGAGAAGCUCAUCCACCACUUGCGGAAGCACGACGUCCCCUUUGCCAUGUCCACCAGCUUGGGGCGUGCACCCUUCGAGAUGAAGACCGGCCGACACAAGGAAUUCUUCAGCUUGUUCAGCCACAUCGUGCUGGGGGACGAUCCCGAGGUGAAGAGUGGGAAGCCAGCCCCUGACAUCUUCCUGGCCUGUGCCAGACGCUUCUCUCCUCCGCCGCCCUUGGAGCAGGUGCUUCUAAACACAGUGGUUGCUCUGCUUUAUAAUUCGAAUGCAUCUGAAAGAAACAAAGAAAAAACUGGCACUGGAUUACUGCAGACGACAGAUGAUGGGAUCUACUCUCCCUGCAAGCUGUGUGGCGUGGUGGCCCCGGUGCUGCCCUGGGUGGGUCUUCUUCCUGGGUGGCUGUGCAGGCUUUGUUUUCUGCUGUCUUCAGUUGGCACAGAACCAGUGCCCAGGCGGUACCACUCUUCUCCUGCCACCCGCAGCUGACCGUCCAGUUGAGACCCAACUUCUAUUUUCCACACGCUCCUUUCUCCAGAGGAACUCCUGGUAGCUGACAGGAAGCGCCAGGUUGCCACUUGUUAUGGUUCGAUAACUAGUGGUCAACUUAACGCCAGCUGGAUUACAUCAGCAUGCAUUGAGAGAAGAUGCUCCACCUGAGGAGGGUUGCCAGGAUAAAUAGGUGGAGAAGAAGAGAGGUGGGAGAGGGAUUGAGGCGUUAUGGAGGCAUUGUUGGUUCUCCUACGAGUUACUGUCUGAGCUGUUGGUUCUCCUGGAGAAGCUUUGGUCUUCACAUCGAGCAUUGCUUCCUGGCUCCAGAGGGGAAGACAUGUGCUGUGGUUCCUUUCAGGACAGCCCCGCUCUUUGUUGUGAGUGUGACUUCUCAGCUCCAGUGUAGAACCCUCAUCCCACUAGCACAGCUCCUUCAUCCUGCUGGCAUAGACUUUGUGGCUUCCACCGCUGACCCUUGGGUCUUCCUGGCACGAAUCCGUAAAAGAGACUGGCGUGAGUCCUUCUUGUGGGCUCUGGACUUCCAGUUGGACUCGUGGAGGCGUCGUUCUGAGCUCUGGGUUUUUAUCUGGACUCAUGUGGGACAUUGCCAUGGGGUUUAGACUCUUGACUUAAAUAAUCUAUGUCGUUGGUGUUGUGGAUAGAUUUCCUGCAUUCUCCUGUGUUAACUUCCGGUGACCAUUAUAAAAAUAUUAUAAACUCCA